CAAAAUGGCGGCCCGCAUACGGCUGAAACUGAACUUCGACGGGUCAGUUUGUCCACAAAUUACACCGAGAAAAUGCUGGUUUCUGGUGAAUAAAGACGACUGUAAUGUCGUGGCCGACUUAGAGUAUUUAAUCCGUGAGCGUUUUGAGCUGGACAGGGGUCAAAUAUUAUCUCUAACUCUGGACAGCUUCUUGCUGCCGUCUAUGGAAAAGAUUCACGUGGUUCGUGAUAAUGACACGAUUUGGGUACAUGCUGAGCAGAUUGGCAACAUUGUUGACGAUCUUCAAGUGAGCAAGUCCCCAACACCUCUCAGUGAGUCUGUCACAGACACAGAAGUUUCUGUGGAAAGCAAUCAACAUUCAUCAAAACAGCAAAGAAGAAAAAGAAAAUGCUCUGAAGUGACAGAAGAAACAAGUAAGCUCAUUCAUAAAGAGACUGUCAACAGCGAAGAGCAAGACAAUGACAGAACAUCAAACGAGAGCACGGACGUGUCAGUACAAAUUAGCAAAGAGUCACAACCAAAGAAGAAUUGCACUAAGAAGAAAAAAAAGAAGAACAAGAAGAAGAAUUCCCGCGAGCCCGAUGAUGAACCAAAAACACCUCCUCACAAAAGCAGAGGAACUAGCAAGAAGGACUCAAAACAAAAAGGCAAAAAGAAAUCACUUCAUGACAUAUCACCAAGAACCAGUUCCAAUUCAGAGAAUGAGAACAGCAAAAAACGUGAAGACAAAACUCCUAGUUCUGAUUGUGCCUCAAAAUUAUACAAAAGGCGCUCAAAAACAACAAUUUCUGAAGAUAGCACUGAUGAUCUGCACAAAAGGUUAGCCUCUUUUCCAGUGUCUUCAACAAAGUCCAGUAGAACACCGAGUACAAUAACCCCAGUUACCAGACCUGAACGUGUUGAGAAUGAGACUAGCAAGCUGCCAACCGGACUUCUUUUAAAUGUGGAGAAAAACCAAGUUCGAGAGAAGAAGCGGUCUGUAGCUCCAACUGUUCCCUCCACUGGUCACAUACGCUUUGACUCCUCAGAAUCAGAAGUGUCAUCUGAAGACGAUUCAGAUGCAGAUAAUGGUAAACAAACAAGUAAACAAUCAGAAACAAGUCAACAGUCAGAAACAAGUAAACAACCAGACAAAGAACAAACAGACAAAGUGCAACCGGGUACGGAGGAAACUUUUGAAAGAAGGGACCAACCAGGUGCUCAAAAUUGUAGUGCUGUUCAGUCACCCGCUGUUACUCCAUCUGGAAAACACAAACCUGGAUUCCUGUCUUUAAAGAACAUGAAGUUUAAAAGGCAGAACAGCUCAGUUCCCCACCAGGUUGGAACUAAUUCCAGAGGGAAGGGGUCCGAGACCGAUAGUUGGCCCUGGGAUAGAGGGAACUGGGAUAAGAACAGUCAACUCAACACAACACAAAGCAACAAGUCUGUCAUAAUAGAGAACCCUCCCCAAGAGUCUGAGCCUGUGCUUAAGGAUUUCACCUCAUUCCCAUCACUGGUUGGUCCUCCAAGACAAGGCGACAUCAUCGCAUAUAAGAUCCUUGAAUUAUCGGAGUCCUAUUGCCCAGAGCUGUCCAACUACAAGGAAGGCAAGGUUCUUAGCGUUGACACGGCAACCGGCCAGAUUGAGAUUGAGCUCAGUCACGUCACUAUGGUUACCAGAGCUUCCAAACCGGGUAAAUUUGAUCUCCAGUGGGAUGCCGAAGAAGGAGACGAGGAGGGUGAAAUCAAUGUUACCAACAACAAUAGUGUAGACUUAAAUGUCUCUGUACAGCUAGGAGAUCUUGUGGACCCUCGUCUCGUCCCACCGAUGUCUGUGUGACAAUCCUUAUACUCACAGACAAUGAUGUGAGGGUUAGGACAUCCAAAUGUCAACCUGAACGCCAAGGUAUUACACUGUUUCAAAUAUGACACUUUUAGGUUUUUUUUUAAAAGAGGCAAAUCAAGGUUUAAGAACAUCAAAGUUGAACAAAUUUAUGCUGUUUACUGGAGAACCAAUAUGGAUUCCAUCUUGUUUUGAAUUUUCUAUUCUAAGUACUGCGUAUGCAGUGCUGACACACAUUGGUGUAAAUUUACAUAUUGUAAACCGUAGGAUUCGUACUGCCUCUAGCUACCAGUCGCAUCUCGGUGGUCUAGUUCACAAGACAUUGCUUUAGAAUUGUAAAGGUCGUGGAUUCGAAUCCCACACAAGUAAUAUGUUUGUGAUUUGUUUUCUCAGAGCUCGGGAAAGUACUGAGUAAACA